GUGCUGAAAUCAUUCACCAAAGACAGCAGUGGUCUCCCAUUGUUCAGUGAUCCGGCCUAUCUGUGUGUGACACCGGACAAGAUGUUGGUUGUUUCUGAUGUUGGAAACAAAACUGUCAAAUACCUCAGUGUGGACGGCGAACAAAAAUUUACAUAUCCACCGGAAGGAGUCAAAUGUUUACGAAGUCUGAAAGGUGUGACCUGUGACCCAUCAGAUCGCAUCAUCGUUGUUGACGACGGUGAUUUGCUGUGCCUGACCUGUGAUGGUCAGUUGGAGAAGACGCUGGUCAGUUUCAAGCACAGCCUGGUGUGUCUUUCUGGAACAGUAGCCGCAGACAAAAGUGGACAUCUGUACAUUGUUGACAAUGACGAAGACAUCCACGUGUUUCGGAUUGUAAUUAAUUUAAACCCCUGA